UUCAGUUCUCUCUCACUCUCACCACCCACAGCACCACUAUCCUUAUGCGGUGGUGGGUAUACACGUGAUAGAGAUGAUCCACGGUUGGUUGCGUGACUCGCGACUACACAGCUACCUCUACACCACCUGCACAGACUGGCCACCCGCCACAGAAGAACUGAUGGAAAUGUACUGUUACCUGUUUUACCAGUUUGACCAGUUCUGGGAGCAGAAGAAGCCGGAGAACGUGAUGGCCUUUGUACCCAUCAAAGAAGAGUUCAAGAAACUGUACGAGGAGCAGCUGGCACAAACUCCGCCCACAAUCAUUAUGAGACUGUAACAAGUUUUUU